UUAGCAAGACACGCAAACUUUGUGAAAAUGAACGACAGAAGGCAAAGCCAUUCUAGUCGCACACUGUCGGAAGAAACCGAAUCCAAUGCGGUUUUAUUCGAGAGUUCUGUAGAGAAGAUUGGACGUCAACGAAGUCCUUCCGUGGAAAGCGAGCAAAGCGUUCGCAAAGUCUCCCAAGAAAGCAACCUUUCGCGAAAAAUUACUGGACUGUCAAGACGUAUAUCUGCCGCGUCUUUCUUCUCCAAUUUCAAGAAGCCAGCUGUUGAAACAAAACCAACGGAUGAAAAAUUGAAGAAAACCUUCGAGAAUACGUACCGAUUGGAGCCAAAGAUUCGUUUUCCUGAAGGAAAGGUUCGGGUGGUGAUUCAAGAAGCUUUGGAUACUUUAGACUCCCAUACAUACAGUGCUCAUCACACGCCGUUUCUCGUCAAGUUGCUGACUGCUCGGAUACUGGAAAACGUAAAACAGCUGAACAUUGAGCGAUACAAGAUUGUUUGUAUGAUUACCCUUGGAACAAAAGAGUCCCAAGGAGUCAGAGUGGCAAGUCGCUGUCUGUGGAAUAGCCACUUCGAUACGUGUGUUAGCGCGUGUUUUGAGAGAGAAAAAUUCUUUGCUGUUGGAACAGUUUACGGUAUUUAUUACGAGUAAAAAGCCUCGUAUUGAACAUAACAGUGAAGUCAUUUACUGAUAUCAGUACUCAGUAUUUUUGUGUGAACUCCGGGUUUAAUUUUCGUAGAGGAUGUUGCAUGCUGUACCUCGACUUCGGGUAAAGUGACAACUAAUUCCUGACUGUUUGUAGACCUAAAUCUCAAGCAUUUACCAAUGCCAUCUCUCUUGUCACAAGAUCUUUAUAAAUCAAUCACUUCACAUAAUAAUUUGCUAACAUAAGUGCGCCGUCAAUAAAUGAGAAUAUAAUA